UCUUUGAGUUGGCUGCUGAUCCCGCCUCCUUCAAGCCUCCCCACAGGAAGUGAGACGUGAAUGGCAAGGAGGGGCAGUGAGAGGGGCAGUUCUGUCGGAUGGUGCCUUUGCUGAGAGGGAGGGUGAUGAGAAAGCGAGGAUGUGUUACUGAGGGGCAGUAAACAGCGACCUCCUCCCCGCUCCUGCCGUCGCUGUGGCUCCGGGUAUUCUCUUUGCCCCGAUGGUACUCUUGGUAGCGCUGGGCACGGCACCAGCUUGGCGGAGUGUGGCACAGGUGUGAAACACUGAACUUUAUUCCUCUUCUAAAAACGACCCGAUGCAUCAGAAUGGCUACGGAAGUGAGCAAUAUUCAGAGGAGUUACUCUAUCAUUCCUUGCUUCAUAUUUGUGGAGCUCGUCAUAAUGGCUGGGACCGUACUGCUCGCCUAUUACUUUGAGUGCACGGACACCUUCGAGGUGCACGUCCAGGGGUUCUUCUGCCAGGAUGCUGACUUAUUGAAGCCCUACCCGGGACCAGAAGAAGACAGCUUCAUCCCCCCAAUCGUCCUGUACUGUGUGCUGGCAGCAGCUCCUACCAUUAUUAUUUUCAUUGGUGAGAUUUCAAUGUAUUUUAUAAAAUCGACAAGAGAAAAUCUGCUCCGCCAGGAGAAGACCAUCGUAACUGGAGAAUGUUGUUAUUUGAGUCCUCUGUUCCGAAGAAUAAUAAGGUUUAUAGGUGUGUUUGCCUUCGGACUGUUUGCCACGGAUAUAUUCGUAAACGCGGGUCAAGUGGUCACAGGGAGCCUGACUCCAUUCUUUAUAACAGUUUGCAAACCUAAUUACACAGGAACUGACUGCCGUUCCCGCUCACGCUUCAUAACCAGUGAACGCGUCUGCACUGGCAACCCAGACAUCAUCGCAAAUGCACGGAGGUCCUUUCCAUCGAAGGAUGCAUCUUUGAGCAUCUACUGUGCCUUGUACGCCACGAUGUACAUCACCAGCACAAUAAAGACCAAGAGCAGCAGGCUGGCCAAACCUGUCUUGUGCUUGGGUGCUCUCUGUGCCGCUUUCCUAACGGGACUGAACCGGGUGUCCGAAUAUCGCAAUCACUGCUCUGAUGUGAUCGCAGGUUUUGUACUGGGCAGCACGGUAGCUUUGUUUUUGGGUAUAUGUGUUGUUCACAACUUCAAAGGGACACAGACCACAACUGUCAAGCAGAAGCCCAAGGAUCCACAUGGGGUGCCAUUGAUGACAUUCCCUCGGGUGGAGAGCCCACUCGAAACCUUGAGCGCACAGCAAGGUGGGAGACAUCGACAGCCCCCCCGAGAGGGGGUGUUUCGUCCCAGGGUCAUUUUCCAGGACCAGCCAGAUACCCAAGUCAACAGGAGAACCACUCUGCUUCAAUAACAGAAGUGACCUGAAGAGAAAUCCUUCUUCGCUUCUUAACAAAAACACACAAAUUGGUACUUUUUUAUAAUGAGUGUUAAGCUGUGGAAAGUGCAACUCAAGAACCUGUCUAGUUAGUAUGGGAUGUUUUGUACAUUUUGUAUGACAAAGUGUUGUAGCAUACCUUGAUCUUAUAGCCUGUUUCAGAAUUAAAUCCUUUGAUGUAAACAUUUCUAAUUUCUUAUGUAAAUUCAAGUUGUGUUAUGUGGUCUUUGUACAAUAAAGUGUGUGGUCUGGUUUAUAUACACUUUA